AUGACGAGCAUGUCAAUCGUGGUACAGAAUGUCCGCUCCGAAGAGACGUUCAGAAAGAAGUCCGAGGACAUGGCCCUCAUUGCUAGGACUCUUCUUGCUCGGCGAUCAAAGCAAAUCCUCCUUUAUAAACUGACUCAAGAUCCGAAGAUUCGGAUUGAGAUAAAAACUUUGAGCCACGCCUACAACAUCGCCGACAGUGAAAGCACAUGCGCGAGAAAUCAAUAUAGAUUUUAUAAUUUCCAAAGGACGCAGGUUAAUUUUCCGUUUAGUAAUAAUUCCUCUUGAAACCCGAGCGUGAACGGAUAUGUUCAAGUAAAAUGCUACGGUGAUUCAAUGGGAAUUCGACCAACAAAAAAAGUGUAUCGCUUCCGGGCUGAGAUCGCUUAAACUCAACAAAAUGACUGAAGAUAUAAGACAAAAAUUUUCAUUCAUUAGAAGAUUAUUUGUUAAUAUAUCAGCGACGUUCCGCCGCUUUUUGGCUUUUUAUUGAUAAAGUCAAAAUAACAGAAAAGCUUCAAAAUCCUUGUUAAUUUUUUCAAUAUCGCAAUUUUUAUAGGAGACGAGUUUUGGGCGCAUCCUCCUUACACAUCUAGACGUCCAAAAAGAUAAUAUUUACCGUUUUGUUGCGGUAGCGGAGAGUUUGAAGCAAUGUUAUGAGUUUGCUUCAAACUGUGAUCAGGAUGAGAACUCGUCACGGAGGAAACAGAGACUUUCUGUAGUUUCCAAAAGCAUCCUCGAGAACGACGCAAAUCUCAAUAAAGCUUAUAUAAUUCUAGACGAGCUUCGAGAGCGCGUAAAAACUUAUCGGGAAAAUGUGAGCUUCCUUUUUUCUUUUCUUCAGAACCAAAGCUUUUUUAGGCCGAUCCUUAUAAAGGACGUUGUGAACUCUUCGAGAAUAAGGUCAGUUUUUCGAUGAAUAGCAGGAAUAUUCUCACUUUAAAUUUGAAAACAUUUUUUUUUGUUAUUUUUAUCUUUUUGCUCAUAUUCGUGUGUGUAUUCAGGUGCAAAAGAGUGCACACGGAAACUGAGCGGGAGUCUCUAGUCACCACGUUUCUGGAGGUUAGUUCGAGGCUAAUCACUAUCGUUCUAUUAUCCAAAUGAACAAUAAAAUAUUCAUCACUGAAAACAAUAUCGAAAAAAACAUACACAGAAAAAAAUCACAUAACUUUUUGAGGAAGGAGACGUUUCUGAGGUGUUAAAUCAAUCGAUUCUCUGAAAAGCUCUUUUUUCAAUUAAUUUUCUGAUUCAGACGUUAUACUCCGACUUCAAAAACGCUGUUGAUUCACGAGCGUCCUCAGAGGUCAGUUUGAUUGAGGCGUCCAUAGAGGUCAGUUUGAGGGAGGAUGGGAAAAAUCAAUGGAGUUCUGCAGAACGUGGUCGGAGGACAGGAUAAAGUUGGAGGUGUUCCAACUGACGAAAAGGUAAGUUUUAUUUCCCGAUCAAUGGUAUUCGCAAAAGCAAAGCUCUUAGAAAGGCGAUGCUGGUUUCAAAGAUCUCGAGGAACUGUCAGACUCCCCUCACAACACUAAAUGGGAUCGGAAUCCGCUCACCUACUCCGAAGAUAUGCUCUCGCAAGUCCUUGUUAGUUCUUUUUUUCUAAGUAAUUUAUCCUCAGAAACGAACUUUUUUUUGAACAGUUUCUGAUGUUCACUGCACGUCAUCCCUUAGCUGAUUCGUCAAGUAGACAAUGCUUUUCAAAACUGUUUGGCGUAGAAAUGGAGAAACAGGGCAAAAUAUGACCUCAAAGUAAAAGCUUUCUCGCAAAUGAAAAUUUCCGGAGAUUGACCAGAAAAUUUUUUGAUUUGCGUACUCUCCCUGUUUUUUUCAACUUUUAUUUAAAAAUCAAUGAAUUCAAACUCGAAAGUCAACAGAGAUAAUCCACUAAUCAAUAAAUAUCAAGAGAAGUUUAUGUUUUUCGGUUCUAGGGUAAUCAUAAAAUUACAAAAAUUUAGAAUGGAGAUACGGGGUCCGGUGAAUUCAAUGCCUCCGAGCUCGCCGAUUCGGCAAACAAAGUACUGUGGAAUUGGAAUCCGAUUACGGAAAACACUUUUCGGAAGUCUUCGUUAGUUUUUUUAUAAUUAAUUUCAUUAUCAAAUAAUCCACUAUUUUUGGUCCUUUGAUUUAUGAUGUUUAUUGAACAUCACCUAGCUGGCUUGUUGGAUAGAAAAAAAUUUGUCGCAGUUUUGGCCAAACGGAAGAGUUUCGAAAUCAAACCGCGGAGUUUAAUUGCCCUCUUUGUAAAAUUUUUUUAGAGAAAAAGCGUUCAUUGAUGGAACAGACUGAAAAUAAACCAACAUAUUGUCAAACAUCAAUAACUAGAAUUUCAAAAGUAUAAAAACACAUAUACCAAAAAAACUUUUGAGAUUCCUAUGAUGAGUCUCGACGAAGAUGUCGAACAGACGAAAACCUCUGGCCAAAUUGACAAAUCCAUGGAACAGCCGGAGAUGGAUGAUAAGGAGAACCGAAAGCUUUUUGUAAUCAAUGAGCAAGUGAGUUUUCGAUAAUCUUCUUCUUAGAAUAACCCCCGACAUUAGUAAAGUAUGCCUUUUCUGGCUGAGGACUUUCAAUUGAGCAUAUUUGUAAACCCUCUUGCAAUAAAACUUAUUUUCAGAAGAAGGCGAUUGACGACGACCAAAAACCCAAGCCAGACCGCAGUUUCGCAGAAAUCGCAGCCGUUAGUUUAUUUAUUGCAUUUAUCGAAUCAAAAUGAUUUUUCAGGGAACCAUCGACGUCUUCCCAAGAACGGCUUUGUCCACCGUUCAAAAUCGUCGAUCCUUCCGCAAGGUUAAUUACACGGAUCAAUACCUUCAGGUCAAAAAUUUUAGAAAAACCAACCUGUCAUCGGUCUCGCCGCACUGGUACCAAAAGGAACGCCGCAUCCAUUCCCACGGCGAUUCGAGUACCGGUACGACCCGUCGAAAUUUGGAAGCUCUGCUCAAAACGCUCCUAGCGUAAGUUUCUCACAGAUUUAUUCAUGA